AUGUCUGACGAUGAAGAUGAAUUAGGUGAAGAAGAACAAACAAAUAAUUUAGGCACUUAUGAAGGUGAACGUAAUGAAAGCAAUGAACGUCAUGGUUUUGGUAAAGCAACAUUACCUAAUGGAGAUACAUAUGAAGGACAAUAUGAAAAUGGAAAAAGAAAUGGAACUGGAACUUAUCGAUUUUCCGUCGGUGCUCGUUAUAUAGGUGAUUAUCAAAAAAAUAAACGACAUGGACGAGGAAUAUUUUAUUAUACAGAUGGUUCAAAAUAUGAUGGUGAAUGGAAUGAAAAUAUACGUGAAGGUCAUGGAAUAUAUACAUAUCCAAAUAAUGAUACAUAUGAGGGUGAAUGGAAAAAUCAUCAAAGACAUGGAAAAGGAACUUAUACAUAUGCAUCUACAAAAGCACAAUAUAUUGGUACGUGGAAAGAAGGAAAACGUCAAGGGCCAGGUGAAUUGGAAUUUAAUCAAUAUAAAUAUAUUGGAAAAUUCCAUGACAAUUAUCCAAAAGGUAAAGGCAGAUUUGUGUUUAAAAAUGGAUAUCAACAAAAUGGUGAAUAUUAUAUCACAUCAAUAAAUGAUGAAGAAGAUUCUGAAGUUCCACCUCAAAUACAAUAUAAAUGGAUCGCACGAGAUGUUACUGCAAUUAAACAAAAAGAACCAUAUGAUUUCGAUGAUGAUGAACAAAUUGAUGUAAAUAGAAUACAAGAAUUAGUUGAUAAAUUCAAAAAUAAACAGUUAAAUAGUCAAGAAGAACAAGAAGCAUUACAAAAAAUGCACGUUGUUCCUGAAAACGAGAAUCCUGAAAAUGAUGAUACGUUUGAUGGAAAUGAACAAAUGAAUGAUGAAAUUCCUGGUGAAGAACAAUUUGAUGAAGAAAAUUAA